UUUUUCUCCCGGUACUUGCCUUGAAACCAAGUUUGACUAUGGUUUGGUCUUUGAUGUCAUGUCCAAAAGAAUUUAAAUUUAUCAGUGUCUUGACUAUGGUUUGGGCUUGAUCUCACAUUUGUUUUGCAGCGGAGAGUGUUACAUAUCGAAUCUCUAUUUUGCUGAAAAUCAUCUCUAGCAUUCAAGUUAAGCCAAGUUUGUAAAAUUUUCUGUUGUUCUACAUAAAAUGCAAAACACAAAGGGGAGAACAUUUCAAGAUAACCAAAGACAAAAAUGCCAUGGGAUGCCUUUUUGCCAACAAACAAAAACUGGUACUAGUUUUUUAGAUUUAAAACGUGGCAUUCUUCUUUGCAAUAAAAGUUACAGAAACCAAAUUUUUGCAGCAGCAAUCUGAUUUCUUUUUCUUAAUUUCUGUAAGGAACAGACAUUGUCAUACACUUGUGCGGGCUGAGUAGGAGUCAUUAGCACCUCAUUGUCUUACUGUUCUUUUUUGGAGCUUGAUUUGGCUAUUCAUUUUUGUUUCUUUUCCGAUCUUUUCAAUGGGAUGAACAUGAAUCAUUAGGAUCAUCUUCAUCGUAUUUUCUCCAUCAAAGCCGAAUUGACUCAUUUUCUCCAUUGUUGACCCUGACCCCCAAUAAAAAACAAUCGGCCCAGAUACAAUCUCACGCGCUCACUCGCCUUCCAUUAAAGCCCAUUUCCCGGUUGCUGAUGUGGCAAACUUUAAACCUCUCUACUCUGCGUAGUCCGUAGUAGAUUUCCCCAAUAAGCCAACAGAAAAAGUCGGCAGCUGAAACUCGCCGGCUUAAAACGACACUAUCUCCGAUCUCUCCAAAGCUUAAAACGACAACUUUUUGUUUUCUUAAUCACAAGUUUCCGCUUCUUCCUCUCCUUUAAAAACCCCCCACCGUUCCCUUCCUUCCUCCACGCGUCCUGAGAAAGAAAGUUUUCGCUUUGAUCCUCUGUACUACGGAUUUUCUCUUUGCCUUCUGAAGCUCCUUUUUUUUUUUUAAAAAAAAAGAAAUUUUAUUAAAUUAAAUUGUUUUGAUUUACUGCUGAAUGGGCCAUGGCCGAAACAUUACCAACGACGAAUGGGGUUAGGGAGAACAAAAUAUGGAAAGGAAUUUUCGCCGUCAGUGGAAUCAUGAUUACUCUGGUUAUCUAUGGAGUUUUACAGGAAAAGAUCAUGAGAGUCCCGUAUGGGUUGAACAAGGAAUAUUUUAAAUACUCAUUGUUUCUCGUUUUCUGCAACCGCAUCACAACGUCUGCUGUCUCUGCUGGUUCUUUACUGGCAAGUAAGAAAGCCUUGGAUCCUGUUGCUCCAGUCUAUAAGUACUGCCUUAUAUCAGUAUCAAACAUCCUAACCACAACAUGUCAAUAUGAGGCCCUCAAAUAUGUCAGCUUUCCUGUUCAGACUCUUGCUAAGUGUGCGAAAAUGAUACCUGUAAUGAUUUGGGGCACUUUCAUUAUGCAGAAGACAUAUAAGGGUUUUGACUAUUUGGUAGCAUUUCUGGUGACCCUAGGUUGUUCAAUAUUUAUACUAUUUCCGGAAGGAACUGACAUGAGUCCUUACAGCAAAGGAAGAGAAAAUACUGUCUGGGGCGUUUCUUUGAUGGUUGGUUAUCUUGGGUUCGAUGGCUUUACAAGCACAUUCCAAGAUAAAUUAUUUAAAGGCUACAAUAUGGAAAUACACAAUCAAAUAUUCUACACAACAUUGUGUUCUUGUGUUCUUAGCUUGACAGGUCUUAUAUUACAGGGACAUUUACUUCCAGCUAUAGAUUUUGUUUAUCGCCACAAUGAUUGCUUCCUUGAUAUUGCAUUACUUUCUACUGUUGCAACAGCCAGUCAAUUCUUCAUUUCUUACACGAUUCGUACAUUUGGCGCCCUCACAUUUGCUGCCAUAAUGACCACAAGACAGCUGGUGAGCAUCAUGCUGUCAUGUGUGUGGUUUGGCCAUCCCCUUAGUUGGGAACAGUGGAUUGGGGCGGUCAUUGUAUUUGGCUCCUUGUAUACAAAAAACUUCUUGAAAAAAGCAUCACCGAAGCCCCCUUCUCCGCGACAAACACAAAAUGGAGCUUCUAGUCCUGUGAAAGGGAUCCCUUAAUCUCUCCAGGUCAAAUUUUGCACCAGUUGCUGCAUCUAAUUCUAUUCAGGUAAGAAUUUGCCUAUGUUAAAGCUGCAUUCUGAAUCUUGCCACCAAGACUCUGGUUGAACGAUCUUAUGAAAUCCAAGCUGCAGCUUCAUAGCUGUUGGAAUUGAAAUUUUAGGAAACAAAAAAAAUAAAUAGUGGCACUACAUUCUUGUUCAGGGAUAUGAAUUAUGAACUAUAGGUAAAUUAAAGCACAAAAUGCUCUUUUUUUUGUUUUCUUCUGAGUUUUGUUUACAGAAGGAAUUAGAUGUAUAUGCAACUUCUCAGGCAUAUGAUUGUGGUUCUUUCUAUUCAAAUAUGAAAAAGAAAA